AUGCAGGAGACAUUGGAGCGGUUAUCUCGCAUGCGAAAUCCAUCAGCUGACAAUGAUGAUGACGAUGAUGAUGAUGAUGAUAAUGAUGAUGAUGAUGAUAAUGAUGAUGAUGAUGAUAAUGAUGAUGAUGAUGAUAAUGAUGAUGAUGAUGAUAAUGAUGAUGAUGAUGAUAAUGAUGAUGAUGAUGAUAAUGAUGAUGAUGAUGAUAAUGAUGAUGAUGAUGAUAAUGAUGAUGAUGAUGAUAAUGAUGAUGAUGAUGAUAAUGAUGAUGAUGAUGAUAAUGAUGAUGAUGAUGAUAAUGAUGAUGAUGAUGAUAAUGAUGAUGAUGAUGAUAAUGAUGAUGAUGAUGAUGAUGAUGAGUUCGUCCAAUGUGCUUUGAGAUGCGACGAAUCCCCGAGUGUUUUCGUCAGCAUGGCAGACAGUUUGAUGGAAUUCAUCUCUGUGGAGGUUUUGCGGGAGGUGUAUUGUUCAAUUUCACAUCACUCUCGUUUGAACGGUCGUCCUCCUGUUCUGGCGCAAUUAUUCCGGUCAACUAACUUGAAAAAUAAAAACGACAUAUUGCGAGUUCGCGGCUCUGAUUAUCGUUGCAAUGUGUCAAAUUCCGCGAGACAAUCACAGAAUGUACCACAAGGUCGUCCUAGAACCUCCGUGAAUGGGCGAGAAGCGCCCAAGAAAGACGCUCGAACCAGAUUGGCUGGCAUUCUGGCCAACCAGGGCGUGCCUCCGUUUGGUCCAUAG